GAUGGAAUAAUCUCUGAGAUCAGAUGUAACGUAUUCAAAUGACAACAUAAUCCAACAUUGGAAUCAUUCUAUGACGAGUCAUUGAAAUGUACAUCCUAUAGCACUGACAUCGACACGUUAUUGCUAUAGACAAGCUUAUGUCACCAGCAUGUUCGAUUAACAUUUACAGGUGAAUAUCCUGUAGCAGUCGCCGUACACCAUUAAUCCUUUAUUGUCUAUACAAUCAAUUUCAGUUUACUUUAUUGAAGAGAUUACUUGUGUAGAUGAUUGAAAGAAAACUCUAGUCUAUUAUCCUAAAUCGACAAGAAAUUGAUGUAGUAUUUUCGAGUGCACUUAGCAGUUUAGUUGAAAUAUUUCAUUAAUCAAAUUGAUAUCUCUAGAAAACAAUAUGAUGUAGAGAGGCAUUCAAAAAACAGAAAGUUUAGUGAAGGGGCCAAUUCAGAGAACACUGAAUAAUUGAUCAAACUGGUGCAAUGUAGAAAACUUUCGGAUAUUAAAAUGUUAAAUUGUUUGCAUCGGAUGAAAAGCAACAACAUCUAUGAAGUUCUGUUAAAGCCAAAGUCCGUCGAACUGCAACGAUCCCUAAAUCGACAAGCCCACAAGACCAGUCUUUAUGAAAUACCCAAUCUGAUCCUUAGACGUGGACAAUCGUUUGACAUCAGUAUCACAUUUGAUAGAACAUUCAGUGAAGCAGACGAUGAAAUUGUUCUCAGAUUUGUUACAGGGCGCCAGCCUAUGCAAAGUAAGAGUACUGUAAUACCAGUAACUAAAGUUCGUAAUCUUCAGCCAGGAGAAUGGGGGUAUCAGAUAACAUCAACGGAGGACAAAAAAGUCAGUCUAAAGAUUUGCACCGGAUCGUCUUGUGUUGUUGGGAGAUACACAGUGUACAUCGAUACUAUUCAUAGAAACAAUGACAAGAGAGAAGAGAAGUACCGCUAUACUCACCCUGAUGACAUCUUUAUUAUUUUUAAUCCUUGGUGUGGAGCUGAUACUGUGUUCCUUGAAGACGAAAAUGAAAGGGAAGAGUAUAUACUAAAUGAAACUGGAAGGAUAUGGAUGGGAACGGUUGGAAAAUUUAGUGUUAGACCAUGGAACUUUGCUCAGUUUGACGAUGUGUGUUUGAUGGCAGCUCUUGCAAUGCUUGAAAAGUCAGAGUUAGCAGACUCUGCUAGAGGAGACCCUCUGUUGGUUGUCCGUGCAAUAUCGAGUGUUAUCAAUAACAAUGAACAUGAUGGCGGAAUAUUAGUCGGUAACUAUUCUGGUAAAUACGACGACGGAGUAGCACCAUAUGCAUGGAACGGAAGUUCAGCAAUUUUGGAAGAAUACUUAAAAAAACGAAAAGGAGUAAAAUAUGGACAAUGUUGGACGUUCGCUGCUGUUGCCACUACAGCACUAAGAGCACUUGGAAUACCCACCCGCUGUGUCACAAAUUUCAUAUCAGCGCAUGACAGCGAUUUUAGUACCCAAAUAGACAAUUUCUGGUCACCUGACAACAAACCGAGAAAACGACUGAAUGAUACAAUAUGGGAUUUUCAUGUCUGGAAUGAAUCUUGGUUCAAAAGACCUGACUUGCCUGAUGGUUAUGAUGGCUGGCAAGCCUUUGAUCCAACACCACAAGAGUGCAAUGAAGGUGUGUUUACUUGUGGGCCAGCCUCAGUUAAAGCAAUAAAACAAGGAAAGUUGUAUCUUGGGUUCGAUACAAGAUUUUUGUUCGCUGAAGUGAACGGAGACCGAAUUCAUUGGACAAUCGACGCUGAGGGGAAUAUGGAAGCUUUUGCGGAAGAAAAAACUAUUGUAGGAAGGUUUCUUAGUACAAAAGCUGUAAAUACAAUUUCCAGAGAAGAUGUAACUAGUUCUUACAGAUAUGCAGAAGGAACGUCCGAACUUGAAGAAGCCAUUAGACUAGCAAAGAAAUUGUGUGCAAGGAAAGAUAUAAAAAUUGAUUCUCCAUCGGCUGACGAUAUAGAAUUCAACUAUAAUGGCAGCGUACAAAAGAAUGGUGACAUCGAUGUAGAAGUUAAAAUGAAAAAUAUCGGCAAGGAGUCGAGAGUUGUCGACAUUUAUAUUACCGCAAUAGCAACUAAGUAUACUGCAGUUCCGUCCAAUGAUCUCAAAGAUAGUCUAGCUGCAAGUGUCCUUGAACCCGGUGCAGAAAAUGAAACGAAGCUGAGUUUGAAAGCAUCAGACUAUAUCAGUUCAAUUGAUACUGACAGUCAUGUGAACAUUUAUAUCAUAGCAAAUGUAAAAGAGACAAAUCAGAAAUAUAUUUGUAGAGAAAUAAUCAGAUGUGAGAGACCGAAUUUGGAACUUAAAACUGAAGGUAAUGCAACAGUCGGAAAACCUUUUGAUGUUAUAGUUAAGCUUGUAAAUACUUUGUCAAUCCCUCUAACUGGGGGUUAUAUAAAUCUUGAGGGACCAGGUAUGCAGAAAGUCAGUGCUGUUAAGAUAAAAAAACCGAUAAAUCCCAAUGAAGAAAUUCGAGAAACGAUUCAAAUCAAGCCUAGAAGAGCGGGGAGGAGAGAAAUUAUAGCAAAUUUCCAUUGUAAACAGUUGUGUGAUGUCACUGGUGUAACGGAAGUAGAAAUAUCAGGAGAACCAAAUAAAUCUUAAUUUUUGUGAUAAAACUCUGAACAGGUUUUUCGGUUGUGAUCUGAUUUUCGAAGCUGUGGUGUUUCUUGCAAAUAUAACAUGCUAAGUGUAUCUUUAAUUAUAUUUCAUUUUAUUUCUUCAUAAUUUGUACAAAAAAUACUUAUUAAAAUUAUUUAUGCUA